AUGCCCUGGGAAUCACCUGUAAGCAAAGACUUCCUUCCCGAGUCUAACGACCUCUUCCGAUCUUGGGCGACCGCAACGAACGGCGCGAUCCUCAUGAGGUGGAUCAAGGCCAACUGCGCAUUUGCCGCCACCGGCCCUUACUCCUCUCUCUAUAAGGACAUGGAUGGCUUUAUUUUCCAAUGUUAUCAGCAGGAGCUAGGCCUCGCAAUGGAGAUGCUCGUCGAUUGGGAAGCCGCGCAUCAUGUACCCCGAACUUGGGAACCCAUCGGGGACGCGAGGACAAACACUCCUGAAAAUGGAUGGCGUCUCAUCCAUAGCAGCGCCACAACAUCCAGCCGAUAUCCGCGCUGUCCCUCUCCCCUCUUCAUCUACACCGUCAAAGACAUGUUCAAGUUCAUCUCUUAUCUGCGCACGAAACCCUUGAUGGAGAUGCUGGGGGAUGUAGUGCCGGAUUGUGAGUAUUAUGUGUUUCCGCCGAAUUUUCCGAUAAAGGAUUCCGAGACGCGACUGCUGAACGUGGAAGAUGAAGAAAUACAAGGAGCAGCCGCGCAGGAAAUACAGGGAGUAGCGGAUGCCACACGAGACCUGCCGAGGGUACCGUCAGAUUCUUCAAGGCCGGGACCCGUGUCUGUGCUGCGAGCAAUGUUCAACAAGGCAAGUGACUGUCUUGACCAAGUAUUGGAUCUUCGUCCAUGCUAA